CUGCGGCGGAGGUGGAGGAUGCGGUGGCGGAUGUGGAGGAGGCGGCGGUGGAUGUGGAGGUGGUGGUGGAGGCUGCGGAGGCGGUGGUGGCUGUGGAGGUGGAGGAGGCUGCGGCGGAGGUGGUGGUGGCUGCGGAGGUGGUGGAGGAGGAUGCGGUUGCGGGAGAAGAAAACGUUUGGCCCUCUUCCAAAGAACAGUUGCAAAAUUGUCUAA